AUGUAUCUUUUACAUUGGAAAAUAUUUCUAAACUUCUUGCUUGCAACUCACCUCUUCACCUCUCUUUAUUCCUUUCCACUCGUGUUUCCUGCCUAUCACAAUUCCCAUCAUUUUUUCGUGUCAGCCAAUCAUGAUUCUGCUGCCUGCAGUAGCGCCU